AUGAAGCGGAAGAGCGAGCGGCGGCCGAGCUGGGCCGCCGCGCCCCCCUGCUCGCGUCGCUGCUCGUCGGCCUCGGCGGGCGUGAAGAAGAGCCGCAGCUCCACGUCGCAGGAACUGCACCGCCUGGACCGCCAGGACGAUCUGUACCUCGACAUCUCUGAUCGCCUUUGUUUUGCCAUUCUCUACAGCAGACCAAAGAGUGCAUCAAAUCUACAUUAUUUCUCCAUAGAUAAUGAACUUGAAUAUGAGAACUUCUAUGCAGAUUUUGGACCACUCAAUCUGGCAAUGGUUUACAGGUAUUGUUGCAAGAUAAAUAAGAAGUUAAAGUCCAUUACAAUGAUAAGGAAGAAAAUUAUUCAUUUUACUGGCUCUGAUCAGCGAAAACAAGCAAAUGCUGCUUUCCUUGUGGGAUGUUACAUGGUUUUAUAUUUGGGGAGAACUCCAGAAGAAGCAUAUAGAAUAUUAAUGUUUGGAGAUACAUCUUAUAUUCCAUUCAGAGACGCUGCCUAUGGAAGUUGCAAUUUCUACAUUACACUUCUUGACUGUUUUCAUGCAGUAAAGAAGGCAAUGCAGUAUGGCUUCCUUAAUUUCAACACGUUUAACCUUGAUGAAUAUGAAUACUAUGAAAAAGCAGAAAAUGGAGAUUUAAAUUGGAUAAUACCUGACCAAUUCAUUGCCUUCUGUGGACCUCAUACAAGAACCAGACUUGAAAGUGGUUACCACCAACAUUCUCCUGAAGCAUAUAUUCCAUAUUUUAAGAAUCACAAUGUUACUACCAUUAUUCGCCUGAAUAAAAGGAUGUAUGAUGCCAAACGCUUUACGGAUGCUGGUUUCGAUCACCAUGAUCUUUUCUUUGCGGAUGGCAGCACCCCUACUGAUGCCAUUGUCAAAGAAUUUCUGGAUAUUUGUGAAAAUUCUGAGGGGGCCAUUGCAGUGCAUUGUAAAGCUGGCCUUGGACGAACUGGUACUCUGAUCGCCUGCUACAUUAUGAAGCAUUACAGGAUGUCAGCAGCCGAGACCAUUGCCUGGAUCAGAAUCUGUCGACCUGGUUCAGUGAUUGGACCACAGCAACAGUUUUUGGAGAUGAAAGAAGCAAGCCUCUGGCUAGAAGGUGACUAUUUUCGUCAAAAGUUAAGAGGCCAGGAGAAUGGAAAACACAGAGCAGCUGUCUCAAAACUCCUCUUGGGUGUUGAUGACAUUUCAAUAAAUGGGGUCAAGAAUCAAGACAAGCAAGAACCUGAACUGUACAGCGAUGAUGACGAAAUCAAUGGAGUGACACAAGGUGACAGACUUCGGGCCCUGAAAAGCAGAAGACAAUCAAAAGCAAGUGCUAUUCCCCUCACAUGUUCCCUAGCUGUGCUGACCUCUGCACUGUGUAGUGUUGUCAUCUGGUGGAUUGUUUGUGACUACAUUCUUCCCAUCCUGCUAUUCUGUCUCGAUGGUUUCAGAACAUAG